CUCCUGUUCAGACACAUUCAGGGUUUUUUUUUUUUUCAGAGACUAGCAAACCUCCUUGAGCUUGUGACAUACCUCAUCUGUCCUGAUACAACACGGAAUAAGAAUGUUCAGAGACACAGCAUGAUGAUUUCCUCUUAGGUGGAAAAGGCUGUACAGCGUUUUGAGGGAUCCAAAUCAACACCGUGAUGGAAUCCAAUUUUUCACUGCUGUCCUCCUCAAAGGGAGAGUUCAAGGCGGAAGAUUACAUACAGCCGCAUUACAAGGAAGCGUAUCGGUUAGCCAUCGACUGCCUAGUCAAAGAGGGAGAAGCUUCUUAUCGAAAUUUCAUCAAAGAGGAAGGCAUAUGCAGUUUUCUCUCUGAGGAGGAAAUCAACCACAUUACUGAGAGCGCUGUGCAGCCCCCCACCAGCAACCACUCAGAGGAAGUGGACUGUCCUCAGGACGACACAUCCUCCACGGGCACGUACUGGCCCACUCACUCUGACACUGACCCGCCAAACCUGGAUUUAGGCUGGCCAGAAUUCCCGCACAGAAGGCUCGAGACCAACAUAGACCUGCUGUUCCACCCGCCAAGGCAAAACAAUCCCACUAUCAAAGAAGUGAUCCGCAAACAAAUACAGGAUGCCAGGCAGGUCAUAGCAAUUGCGAUGGAUGUUUUCACCGACGUGGACAUCUUUAAAGAAGUGGUGGAUGCCUCAGUCAGAGGUGUUCCUGUCUAUAUUCUGCUUGACCAUUAUCACUUCAAAAGCUUUCUCAAUAUGAUAGAAAAACAGGACAUCCAAAUCCAGAAACUCAGGAAUAUGAGGAUACGCACAGUGAAAGGCCAGGAGUAUUGUUGCAGAUCUGGGGUAAAGUUCAAUGGAGGAAUGGGACAGAAAUUUCUUCUUGUUGACUGCCAAAAAGUGUUUUUUGGAUCAUACAGCUUCAUGUGGUCCUACGAGAAGAUCAACCUCAGCAUGGUUCAGGUUAUAACAGGCCAAUUAGUGGAGACUUAUGACGAGGAAUUUCGGACUUUGUAUGCACGAUCGACAGUCCCAGCUCAGUUUCAGACUGCCAGCAUGAGCCAGUGCGAGACAAAGCCCAGUGGGAAAAUGGAUGGUUAUAUGAUUCAUUCCAGCAACCCUUUUGAAAGGAAAGAUCAUUUAAGGCAUACGCUUGACGCUGUUUACCGGCAAGCCUGUGAAAGGAGAUCAGGAUUUUCGGCCCUGAGAGAGGUUGAAGAAAGACCACUUGUUACACCGCAUGCUCGAUUGCUUCAAGAAACAUCAGAGUUUUACAAAAGACACAGCUAUGCAGGAGAGCGGCAGGAGCCUGUGUAUCUGCCAAAAUUACCCAUGUAUGGCUCCAGUAAUUGGAACGUGGCGGCAGAGAGCAACCGUUAUAGUGGUUUCCCCAACAACACAGACAACCAGUAUGAAAGUUACAUCAUCAACCCGAUGUUCAGAGGCUCGAAUGCGCGCCAAUCUUACCACGGCCACGACAAACAAAUUCUCAACAUGAGGCAAAACAUGCCCAGUUUAGCAAGCACUUCCAAGUCUUUCCUUCGGACAUGGAGAAUAGAGUCUUACCUCAACAAUAACAACGAUGCACCUUACGGAGAGAACUAUGACUAUCUCGACCAAUUUGAGGAGAAUAAAAUGGGUCCUCCACAACACUCUCGCAUCAGGUCAUCGGUUGUUUUCACAUCCACCAUACCAGAACAACCGGAAACGAACAGCUACUCCAAUAAUUCAGUGCCCUCCAGCCAAGAUCCAGCACGAAUUCAGUCAAACGCUCAGAUGUAUUCUUCAGCGCAGUGGAAUCAGACAGCUCAGCAUGAUGACUACAUGCUAAAGAGGCGCAGUAUACAGAUUUUGGAAAACUCAGGAAGUAACUCAACCUAUAGCUCCGGACGGGAUGCAUUAUAUGCAAGUUUAAACAGAGCCAAAAAUAGAUUUGUACAAAGAGAGCAUGACUACCAGCAAGAGGACCGAUACAAAAGGCACAGCUUGGCCGAUCCCAGGUGCAAUACAUAUAACAGUGACGUAAACGAGCCCUCUAGUACGUACAUGUACGCAUCUUUACCUAGAAGACAGAAAAUCGGCAACGUGUCUGCAAACGAGAAUCCCAGAAAAGACGCGUACACACCAAAUUUCAAAGAGGACCAGAGGUCUUUCUCUCAUCAUGAUUUCAAAAAGGCAGAUGAGAGCACAACUACCUCAGGAAACAUAUGGCAAGAGCCUCCCUCGAGAACUGUGUCGGCAACGCUGCUGGACAGAGAGGACAGUCCGCCUUCGAAACCGAACAGCGCAUCAUCGCAGCGCUUCUUGAAGAGGAGCACCAAGAAAAUAAAAUCCCUUCUGAACAUCCCGCAAAAGGGGGACAGCUCAGUGAAGGGAAAGAACGCAGAAAGUCUUAAAAUGGGAAGCAGCACUGAUACGAUUCUCUCAGAUUAUGAUGACACCGCGCAGGGCAAGAAACGCCACGGUAGUACUGCCAAUUCCACCAAGUCCGUAGAGAGCAGCAGACUGAAGCGAGAUAAUGCGAAGAUCCCCGGAGCUGAGAAUCACUCUCCUGGCCUGGUGGGAGAGACAUCUGCGCCUCGGUUCAGCACAGAAGAGCUUCAUCCCUCUAACACACCAGCAAAUGCAGAGACUACCAAAACACAGGAACAAUCCACGGUCGUUUCUCAGAAUGAGAAGAAAGACUCGACACUAACCAGAACGGAUCUGUUGUCAAAGCAACACGUUUCAGCAAACAGGCUGUAUAGCAGAUUUGAGCCGCUUUGCUCAUUUGAAAGCAGGCAUCAGCCAGCCUAUGUACCCGCACAGAGUCACAUAAGUGAGAAAACAAGGAAUUCCGUCUUUCUAAGAAGACAGCCGAUGAAUGACCAUAGCAGUUAUACAAAUCAGCAGACGCAGGGACAUGACAACAGAUUUGGCCGUUUCAUUCAAAGGGUUGGAAAUUUAAUACACAAGAAUAAGUACUAAAAUAACUCGUGAAAGGACAUCGAAGCUGAAGCGUGUCAUUUCUGCACCACUAUAUUGACCAAAUAGAACUGCAAAAAUUGCACAAAUAAGUAUUUUCAAACAGGGUUAACAAGUGCUAUUCUCUACCUUUCAAUGGUCACACUAACAGAUAGUCCUGCCCGUAGCUAAUGCCAAGCUUCUUAUGUCAGACUGUCUCUGACUGUCUCUAGAAAGUAUUUUAAGAUCCAAAAAUGACACAUUUUGGCUUUGAAAAUGUGCAACAGUGAUGUUUACUUGAAUGCAUUAUUGCUAAUGCCAGUGUUGAAGGUUUGCAAUAGAACUGGUGAAAAAUGCUGCAAGCACUGUUACACUGAUACUUUGUAGUAGGUUCUGU